CAACAGCCAAAUUAAGCAGCAGCCAGCAGCCAACUGCAUCGAUAUCGAUCGAUCACUCGACCGACCAUCUCACAAGCAAAGCAAAAGCUCGUGGCAACAAUGGCGAAGUGGGCGGCGAUCAUGGCGGUGCUGCUGCUGGCGGCGGCGUGGGCGCCGGCGCCGGCGACGGCGCAGUGCAACGCCGGGCAGCUGGCGAUCUGCGCGGGCGCGAUCAUCGGCGGGUCGACGCCGUCGGCGUCGUGCUGCUCCAACCUGCGCGCGCAGAGGGGGUGCUUCUGCCAGUACGCGCGCAACCCGGCGUACGCCUCCUACAUCAACAGCGCCAACGCCCGCAAGACCCUCACCUCCUGCGGCAUCGCCAUCCCCCGCUGCUAGGCACGCUCGAUCUCCCGCCGCCGCGCGCCGCCGCUCGCCGGCGCCGGCGCCGGCCAUGGUGCGUGGCAAAUAUAUAUAUAUAUAUAUAUAUAUAUAUAUAUAUAUAUAUAUAUACUGUGUGUACGUGCGCUUGAAUAAAGGACGUGAGUUAAUUUGAUCGGUGUCGAUGGUGUGUUUUUUUGGUAUUCAAAGUUUGAAUUCCGAAUUUGGUCAUCAGUUUAUAUAUCUUGAGCUCAUCUAUAGCCGUGUUUAGUUCCUUUUCAAAUUCUUUUUUAAGUAUACGGACACAUAUUUGAAGUAUUAAAUAUAGACUAAUAACAAAACAAAUUACAGAUUUCACCUGUAAAUUACGGGAUGAAUCUA